AUGCCCCCGCCCAUGCCUGCCUCACGACCUCAGACGGGUGUGAUCAAUGCUGGCUCCCGGCCAUACCGCUCUCACAAGGUGAGGGCCUGCGACCUCUGCAGGAAGCGCAAGUCGCGAUGCACCGUCGACAUCCCGGGCCAGUCCUGUCUGCUUUGCCGCGUCCAGGGUGCCGAUUGCCAUUACCAGGAGGAUCCACCGCCCGAGUCCUCUUCGGUCAAUGCAGACACGAAACCGUCGCCCGGGUCGCAGUCUCUCGCGGGCCAUAAGCGCAGACGGGAGUCGGAGUUGGCUGCGGGGUCUGUUGAAGAUCCGGGAGACUCAUUAUCGGACAAGGGACACAGCUCGCCCUCGUUGCAUCGAACCAGAGACAGCCGGGACGAUGACAAGAGACGCCGCAAGGACGAGCAGGAUCCUCAGAAUGAAUCUGUGCUCAUUGUUGGGCCCGUGGCGGCAGAGGAUGCGCAGGUGAUCGAGAAGUACAUGCCUUCGGAGAGGUCCAGCAAAUCAGUCGAGACAGGGAAGAAACCGUACAAAGUCUACUCGAAUGACCCGCGAAAACCGGUGCUCUACACGACGGUGUCCAGACGCAGGCAGGGUGUCCGUGUGGGAAAUCCGCCGGGGGAGACCCAGAAAGAAAUUCUGGAGCAGAUUCUGGGCCCCUUCCGACAUGAUCUCGUUAGAUUGUUUCUGGACCGAUUCAAUGUCGCGUUCCCCAUCUUUGACGGUCAAGCCUUUUGGGAAGCCUACAUCUCGGGGGCCCCGGACGAUCCGCCCACUACGUUACUAUGUCAAGUUUAUGCAAUGUCCUUGGUCUACUGGAAGCAUACACCCAAGCUGGCCCGCCAUCCCAAACCUGACGUUCGAUAUGCGAUCAACUUGACCGUGGCUGCUCUCCACGAAGAGUUCUCUGCUCCGGGACUGUCGUCCCUGAGUGCGGCCUUAGUUGAUCUCACUGGACGACCGAUCUUUUCCAUGACGGGAAAUGCCAUCAGUUGCGGCCGGUUGGUGUCUCUUUCUCACUGUCUUGGCUUGAAUCGAGAUCCGAGCAACUGGAAAAUCUCACUCCAAGAGAAGAAGCAGCGGAUCCGUCUGUGGUGGGGGGUCGUGAUCCAUGAUCGCUGGGGUAGUUUUGGGCAUGGCGUUCCGCCUCAAAUUGCUAAAAACCAGUACGAUGUUCCCUUGCCGAGUGUGGAAGUGCUGGUGACCCAGCCCCGGGCCACGUCCCAGCAUAUCCGCGCCGCACACUGUCAUAUUGCGCUCUGCCGGUUAACGGAGAUCUUGGGGGAGUUGCUACCGCUGGUCUAUCAGCUUCAGCCGAGAUCUGCCAGGGAAACGUCCAAGAAGCUGAGGCAUAUCCGAACGGACCUCGAUACGUGGGAGGAUUCACUACCGGAGUUCCUGAGGGCGCCCUCGCAGUCUUCCGAGGCUUCUAUCUGCGGCACCAGCAGCUUACAUCUAGCGUUCCUUGCCGUUAAGAUGCUAGUCUGCCGUGUGGAAUUACAUGAAGUAAACAAUUCAGACACCGACAAUCCCGAAGCCCGCCGGUAUUUUCAAACGGAAUGCCGAAAAGCGGCGGAAGAAAUUGUCCAAUUUAUGGCAUCAUUGCAGAAUGUCCAUUUCCGGGAGUUCUGGUUGCCAUACAGCGCCUUUCACCUCACGUCGACGGCGACCCUGCUUGUCCGGUGCGCUUUGGAGACGACGGAUCCAGAAGUAGCCCGGUCAUGUCUGGCGAACGUGGAUACACUCCGCUCGAUCCUGCGACGAGUCAGAGAAGAAGAGGACUGGGACGUGGCCGACAUGUGCCUCGACCACUGCGAACGCAUCCUGAGCAGACAUCCAGAGAUUAUCAGCAGUAACAUCGGCGGCGCAAGUGGCGGUAACCAAGACAAGAACACUAAUAACAAUGCAGGGGCCGUGGAUGAGAAUAACAAUAACAAUAAUAAUAAUCUCACAAUGACCCCUGCGACCAUGGGGUUGCCGGAGACACACACUCACAAUGACAUUGUCGACGACAUGAUGUCUAUAUCAGGAACGUUUGGCACCAUGGACGGCUUCCCGUUUGACAUGACGGGGAUCUGGGACGUCUCGGGAUUUCAAGACGUCAACUUUACGUGA